UGGCAGUUACACAUGUGCUAAUAUUGGCUCAAUUGUUGUUGGAAUUCAAUACGUAAUAAAUCAACUCUUUUAUGACCUCUUCCAUGGUCAAAUUUCUGGUAAUUGGUUUUCUGGUAAUUUUAUAAUUACAUAAUAAUUCAUGCAGAAACUCAACAGUCAGAAACUCACAAAGAAAUUCAACAGAAUUCUAGCGAAAAGUAGAUGAUAAUCAGAAUUUUAAAUUAAUUUUCCUUCAGGUAAUUAAUUACUCGACUUUUCUGUUGAUUCUCAUUUUGAUCCAUAUUUUUAAAAGAGUGAUUGGAAUAUAGGAGAAUUUUUAAGAUAAUUUUUUUCGUGGAUAGAAAUGAAGAAAAUGCUUCUCUCAUUCGUAAAUAUCGCAGUAUCCGUGAUUUCCUCUUUAUGACGCAACGUAAUUAGAUUCAUGACUACACAUUCGGUAUCGUGAGCUGAUCCUUCUCUGCUUGUCAAUACGCAAGUGCAAUCGAGAAACAACUACAACUACAACUGCAUUGAAGUCAAUUGAAGUCUAUCCUACGUCGCCUGGACAAAGUUUUCAGGAUUGAGCCCCUCCAAGCCUCCGGAUGUCAACGAAAACUAAUAAAUAAAUUCCGGAUAAGUGUCUCCGUCCUGUCUCGUAAUAAUACUCAUCAAUAAAUUCGAAUCGUCGGAAUGCCAAGUAAGAAGAAAAAAUAUAACGCUCGUUUCCCAGCGGGACGCAUUAAGAAAAUCAUGCAGACAGAUGAGGAAGUGGGAAAAGUUGCCCAGGCUGUGCCCAUCAUAAUCUCUCGGACCUUGGAGCUCUUCGUUCACUCUUUGCUGACGAAAACAAUGCAGAUAACAAAUGCCAAGAACGCUAAAACACUCAGUCCAUCCCACAUGAAGCAAUGUAUCUUAUCUGAAAGUCGAUUUGAUUUCCUGAAAGACCUAGUGAAGUGUCUGCCAGAUGUUUCUGGAGCUGAUGACGAGGUGCCCACACCUCCCCUCACUCCAGCGCCUAUAGGAAUUAAUCCAAUGAUUGUGCCUGCCUCGGCUCCUCGUCCCCAGUCGGAUGCGAGGUUUCCGAAGGAUCUAAGUAAAAAGCCUCACCUAAAUCAAGUGAGCAAUCAAGACUGCAUAGAAUCUGUGAGUAACAACGUGGUAAAUUUGAAGUGCAUGGAGCCAGAUCAGUCGACACGUAUUCCAAAUUUUCAAAUAUCCAUGCCAUCGUCGUUUCAAGCUUGCCAGCCUAAUUUCUACACUGAAUUGAAUCAAAAUAACGCCAAUCCAGUUACCAUCACGCAGCCAACAUCAAACUUUGGUCACACUGCCAACAUUGAUGAAGACUACGACACAUAAUUUAUUGAUUGACCAAGUAAUUAUAAGUGUCUACCUGCGAUUCUCUUUUCCAUUCUAUCGACUAAAGUUUGAAUGGCCUCGAUAAAUAGAAGUUCUCCACUUCA